AUGUCCGUAGUUGAGUUGGAAAUAGAUCGUGUAGAGCAAUCCAAUUGUGGUGUGCUCCUAAACGAGUUGUCCAUGUUCGACGACUUGAUCCUGAAUCAAAUUCGUGAAACCCAUGUUUUCGGUGCCAUUGAAACCCUGUUCCUAACCAAAACAUUCCUAGCUUUGAUCAAAGGUGCCAUUGAAAGUUUUCUUUACCUUGCAACCCAUAUUGUUGACAACGCUUUGCCGGGUACUGGAGGACAGGAGAACCUGGAGCUACCGACUGUCUUGACCAGCGGUGACCUCAGCCUACUUCCGGGCAUACUCGACCAACUGUCCACUGUGCUGAGACGCAGGGCUCUGUGUAGGGAAACUGAACUAAGAAACACGUCAAUGUUCAUACUUCGUAAUAAUCUCUCAAGCUAUUCAUGGACUGAAAAAGCAGUGCUGAUACUUACUGCUUUUGUUGUGGACUAUGGAGAAUUUUGGGCCCUUGUAAAGUUACAGUUGUUCAACAGACUUGUGGAAUCAAUGGGAGUCACAAAACGUGAACCUACGACUAUAAACUGCCCAGACCUUAAAAAAUGUGUGAAAGAGAUUGGUGAUGUUAGUUAUUUGAUCAAGGACAAGUUGGAAGCAAUCAAAUGCAUUAUUGACUUCGAAAGGCUAUCUAACUGGGCUGAUACCAAUGGAAACAAAGUUGCAUUGUCCACCACUGUCAAGGACAGUAUCCCAUUGCAUGUCUACUGGAAAGUGGAUGAGGAUUACACUUUCUUAUAUGGAUCCACCAACAACGGAUGGAAGGAACAAUUUCUUGCUCAAGUAACUAAUAUCAUUUGCGAUUUGUCCAUAAACCACCCAAAAAUAAGCAUCAGAACACAAGAUGCAUUGAAAUUAAGCAGGGGGAAGCUGAAGGCCAUUCAUGCUGAAGCGUUGCAGUCUCUCUUCAAAAGUGAUCUUGGUUAUGUUGAGCUCCGCAAAGAUGCUCGAAUCAUAGUAGGUGAUUACGGGACGACAAUUGUUAAGGUCUUGGAGAAAUUUGAUGACUGGAAAGGGUCCUUGAAUCAGUUUGGUUUUGGUGAUCAUUUCAAAGAUUACUAUGAUGGAAAUUUUAAAAAGAAUUAA